AUGCUGCCUACCCGACACAGAGGCGAAUACACGGAGACGGUUGAUGCUACACUUACUCAUAAACGAGGACACCCAAGGAUCAUUGUACCAUCGGGGGAACACAUUGUUGAUUCAAGAUCUGGCGCUGAAUCCGAGCCCGGAGAGAACUGUCAUUACCGCCUGACCCUGAAUGUCCCGCCCGGAAUUUGCUUGAUCUGCCGCGGCACAGAACAACGUUGGAGGCUGUAUGAUGGGCAUCUCUCGAGGAAGAGCAGCCUUACGGCACUUGAUCAAGAUCAACAUCCGGCCCAGGAAAGACUGCCUCAGACAUUCGCUGAUAUCAUCAAGCACUGUUUUCCAUGUGUACUUCUCGGGGAUACGCCUUUACAGGAAGCAGCCAUCAUCUUGACGCCGCACAGAAGAAGUUCCAAUGGACUCGACACAACCCUUCUCAUCACUCGCUGUUGGCAGUCCACCUAUAGACAGAUAUCGGCCCCAUCGGUCGGCCUGUAUGCCAACAGGGAUUUCCCUAUCUGUUUGACCUCCUUGCUCCGCCUCGCGUUGAUGCCAAAACUCCACGUCAACGAGUCUUGGUAUCGGCUGGAGUGGCAGGCAAAGGGAAGCGCUCACAACCAUGGCCUCUGGCCUCUUCUGGAUGGACGGCGAUCCUGA